AUGGAAGAGUUUUACAACAACCCGUUCCGAUGUGACCCAGCGAUGGAUGAGGUGUGCUACGCCAGUGUGCAGUUCCUUUCACCAGAGGCUUUGCCUGUGGGGGCGGAGGGCUUGAAGGACGGCGAUUUUUUUCGCGUGUCCUCGGCCCUUCGUUUUCAGUCGCAGCUGAGUGAGGCACUGAGAGCCAACAGCACGCUUCGAAGCACCUAUGAGGUUCAUAUUGAGACACAGCGAAGGGAGAUUGACCGCCUUGGUGAUGAAAACAACGAGCUUCAGAAAAAGUUGACUAGGAUGGAGUCGCAGUUGCGGUCCGUUACUUUAGAGAAGGAGUGUUCAGAAAUGGCGUACAAGCGGGAGAGUGAGAAGAACGUGUUAUUGGAAGAGAAAGUCAGGGCUUUAGAGAAUGAACUGAACUCGGUGGAAAGACGCACACGGGAUCUGAGAGCUGCGUUCCGCACAUCCCCUCAGCACUCUGACGAGCAUGAGAAGCCUUCAUCCCGUAUCCGCCCCCUCCGUUUACAGCAAUCACAGUACAGUGAUUAUCAGGAGUCAAGAACGUCAUCACCGCAUAGGAAUAACCGUGCUCGAUACUCACUGGAAGCUACACACAUGGGACCGGAGUGGAGUGCUCGCCAUAGUGAACCACAAGAGUGGAGAGCUGCCGAAGGGACGGCAGCGUCCAAGCGAUCGGAGACUACGAAUAGUAUGAAAAUGGGAUCGGCGAGGAGGGACGCGAAUUAUUCCGCAAAGGGCACUGCCUAUCCCACUCAAAAUAAUGAGGAAGACCAGUAUGCGACUGUGAAAGAGCUAGAGAGGCGCCUGCUGCAGGAAAAUCAAGCAAAGGAUGAGAUAGAAAAACAGCUGCAAAAGAUAGAGUGUACAAGAAUUCGCACUGGCGCCGAAAGGGCGAAGAAGAUUGCAUUGGAGAGGAAUUUUUUAGCCGCCCAACGAACUGUAGGAGAAAUUCGGAUGCGGCUUCGGUCGCUUGCCGCAUUGGUGCGAUAA